ACCCUCCUACACAAAUAUCUUCAUCUUCCAGCAACAGAAGUUGGAAUUCCAAAUCGUACGCAAAUGGCUGUCAUGCUCAACGGAAGCCGAGGCUUGUUUCUCAAGCUCUCUUAUCCAGUUCGCUCUCCUUCAGCACUCAAGGCCAAGCACAUCUUGUUCCCUCUCAAAUCUACGCAGAACUACUGCAAGGCAUCAGCGUCAUAUCAUGAAGAUGAUAGGGCCAGACAGAUCCGGGAAAAGCCAGCAGAGGCUGCCGACCGAGCAAAGGAGGUGCUGAAGGAAGGAUCAGAGAGCGCCAAAGAGAGGGCCUCGAAUGUGAAGGAUACGGCAGAGGAUAGGGCGAAGUCUGCAGCAGACUGGGCCAAGGAUGCAACGAACAGUGCUUCAGAGAAGGCAAGAAAUAUAGGGGAUGAUGCGAGGGAGUCUGCGGAGUCCGCGAAGGAGAAGACGAAGGAGUCUGCGGAUUCAGCGUGGGAGAAGACAAAGGAGUCCGCGGAGUCAACCAAGGAGAAGACGAAGGAGGGGCUGGGGAAGGCGGCAGAGGUGGCUGAGAAUGUGGGGGAGAAGGCGAAGGAGACAGUGAAGGGAGUGGUGGGGGCUGCAAAUGAUACGACACAGAAGGUAAAGGAUGCGGUGGUGGGAAAGGACGAUGGUGCGGGUGAUAAUAAGGUUCAUGGCAAGUGGUGAAUUGGUGGGGAAUGCUAAGAGACUUUAGAGGUCAGCA